CUCCUCCUAGGCAGCAAGAUCGUCAUCGAUAUAACCGGAAACGCACUCCACCCUUACUCCUCACCACUCGUUUGUUCGUCCAUGGAACCCUAGACGGAAAGUACGCGUCCCCCUCCACUCCUCCUAGUUCCACAUCAAAAAGAAGCUGAGCCGGAGAGCCAGCGAUCGAGCUCUUGGUGCUGCUCGCUCGAUCACAUAUAUAUCCCGUGUAGCGCAAGUGUGCAACUCAUCGCCAUCAUAUCACACCCCCCAUGGCGCACCUCUGUCCCUGGACGAACUCCAUUCCCCUCUCCAAUUCUUCCACCCCAUGAGCAAGAACACCCGGCCGGAGGAGACACUCACUGUCCUUGCCUCGCGUCCUCUGUUCCAUUCCUAACCCUUUUCCGGCCGUGUUCUCUCCCGCGCUGCCACGGAUAAAGGGAUGAUGAACUUGCCGGCUGCACCCGGGGACGAGUUCGGCGGGUAUGGAGCUCCCAACCCGCCGCCGCCGUCGCUCUUCCCGAUCAUGGAUCACCAGGAGAGCGUCCACAGGGAGCACCACCACCUCGGCUACAACCUCGAACCCAACUCCCUCGCCCUCCUCCCCCCGUCCAGCCACGCUACCAUCGCCGCCCACAGCCCCCACGACAUCCUACAGUUCUACCACCACCAACCCACCUCCCACCACUACCUCGCCGGCAACGCCAGCCCUUACGGCGGCGCCCACUUCAGCAACAACGGCGGCUUCCAGUCCUACUACCAGCAGCAACAGCAACAGGGAGCGGAGUACUACUUCCCCACGACACUGGUCAGCUCGGCGGAGGAGAACAUGGCCAGCUUCGCUGCCACGCAGCUCGGGCUCAACCUCGGCUACCGGACCUACUUCCCGCCUAGAGGCGGCUACACCUACGGCCACCACCCGCCGCGGUGCCAGGCCGAGGGCUGCAAGGCCGACCUCUCCGGGGCCAAGCGCUACCAUCGUCGCCACAAGGUCUGCGAGCAUCACUCCAAGGCGCCCGUCGUCGUCACCGCCGGCGGACUCCACCAGAGAUUCUGCCAGCAGUGCAGCAGAUUUCAUCUGCUUGAUGAGUUCGACGAUGCGAAGAAGAGCUGUAGGAAGCGGCUCGCGGACCACAACCGCCGUCGAAGGAAGUCAAAGCCGUCUGAAGCCGAUGCCGGAGAGAAGAGGAGGACACAGGCCGGCAAAGCCGCAAGUACCAAAGGCAAAGCAACUGGUAGCAGCAGCAAGAGUACUGGCACCGGAGACGGGAUGGACAUACAAGUACAGCUGGGGAGUGCAGACCUAUCAAAAGAUCAGGAUGAAACAAUGGGUCUCGGAGAGGUGGUGAAGGAAAUGCAGGUGGAUCCCAAGGGGAAAGCAUCAAUGCAGCAGCAGCAGCAAGGACACCAUGGCGCCCAUGGUCUUCACCUGCAGAGUCACCAUGGCUUCCCUUUCCCUUCGUCCUCUGCAGGCCCGUGCUUCCCACAGAGCCAAGCUGUCUCGAGCGCUAACAACACAUCAAAUAUAGGUCAAGUGCAGCAAGAACAGCCUGGCUUGGGGUUCCAUCAGCACCUACACCAGCACAGCAACAUCCUUCAGCUGGGUCAGGCCAUGUUUGAUCUAGAUUUCGAUCACUAGCUAAUUAAGCUGAUAUAAUUAGUAAUAUUUAAUGCUCCAUCUGUGUACAAGUUGGAUCAUUUUUCUUUAUAUCUUGUCUGUAUUAAUCACUGUAAUAUGACUAUAAUAAUGAUAGUUUGUGCAUUGUUAAUCUUCUA